AUGACAAGCUCGAAUGUUCCGAAAUUCGGAGACUGGGAAAGCGAAGAAAAUGUUCCUUACACAGCCUACUUUGAGAAAGCUCGAAAAGUCCAAACGUCUGGAGGUAACAAGAUAAAAAAGCCUCAAGAUCCUGAAGAAGAAGGAACCUCUAAACCUAAACCGGAUCAUGAAGAACCGGUUAAAACCGGCUUGGACCCUGGUGAGACUAGUGGUAGCAAGAAACAAGGCAAGUCUGUUUCUCUGAAUUUGAGUUAUGAAAAGUCUCCAUUGCAUAAGAAUUCUUAUGAUGGUACUGGAAAAUCUAAGCGUAGAUCCAACCACAAAGGCGACGAAAGCCCCGAGAAAGAGACAGUGGUACCGAAAUUUGGUGAUUGGGAUGAAAAUAACCCUACAUCUGUUGGAUAUACACAUAUCUUCGAUAAAGUGAGAGAAGAGAGGACCUCUGGCUCAAAUGUGACAACUUCUUCUAGAACUCCGACUCACUCCAGUGGCCAAAAACCUUCGUCCCGAUCCAAGUUUUGUUGCUUCUCAUGGGGAGGAAAAUAA